CUUCCAUUCUAAUCAACAACUCACGCUCUGUUUUUUGUCGGCACAAAAAUCCACUCCCCACUCCCCAUUUCACUCAUCACUCUUCUUCAAACACCAAAAAUCCCACUUUCAAAAAUUCCUCCCACACAAAGUAAAGGGUAAAGAAAAAUAACUGACACCGCCGCCCUCCGGAAAAUGAUGAAGAGAAGAUCCAAUCACAAUCACAACCACAGCCACGACGUGGUAAUUGGAAAACCCAACGAGUCCUCCUCUUCAACAACCUCGUCUUCUCCUUCUUCCUCCACCCGCGCCGGCGACGAGCCAGUGGAAUGGGAAAUGAGACCCGGCGGAAUGCUGGUUCAGAAGCGGACAGAUAAAUCGGAGUCUCCACCACCGACUCUCCAUCUCCGAGUCGCAUUUGGAGCCGUCCGAGUAGAGAUCUCAAUCAGCUCCAAAGCCACAUUCGGGGAGCUGAAGAGGGUGCUGACGGCGGAGACGGGGCUGGAGGUAGAGGCGCAGAAGGUAAUAUACAGAGGAAGAGAGAGGGAAAACGGGGAGUAUUUGGAAGGUUGUGGUGUGAAGAACAGAUCGAAAAUGGAGUUGGUUGAAGAUCCGGCGAGCAUUGAAAGAAGAUACAUUGAGACUAAACGGAACGCCAAAAUACAGAGCGCACAUCGCGCCAUUUCCGACGUUUCUAUGGACCUUGAUAAGCUCGCCGACCAGGUUGCUGCAAUGGAAGAAUCAAUCUCAAAUGGAAUCAAAGUUCCAGAAAUUCAAAUCACCACACUGAUUGAGAUGUUGAUGAUGCAAGCCAUUAAACUUGACAGCAUUGUUGCUGAAGGAGAUGCUUCUACUCAGAAAAUUUUGCAGGGGAAGAGAGUGCAGAAAUGUGUUGAAAUGCUUGAUGUUUUGAAGGUUACAAAUGCAAGAGUGAAAGUAGCAAAGCCUGUGAUUGUUACAACCAAAUGGGAGACAUUUGAUCCUCAUCCUUCCACCAACAAUCACUGGACCUCUCUCAUUGAUCUUUAAUCCCUUUUUUUCUCUUUUUUUUUUUUUUUUUUUUCUCUCUCUCUUAUUGUCAUCAUAUCUGUACGUAGAAACAGCUUGAAGGACAAAUUUGAGCUACUCUUCUUUCCAUCCCCUUCUACUUCCUUUGGAAUUCUAUUUUCUCUGAAAAUUAUUUAGACCAUGAUGUCUUCUUUCAAGUUUUCGGUACGAAGCAAGACGGGAAAACAGACAAUGUUGUGUAUGUCAUGUUACUUCAAAAUUGGUUAUGCUGUCAUUGUAAGAUUGAAGAAAAAGUGAAUGAAGGGAAAGUAGUUUAAGUA